ACUUUAUAUGCGCCCCCGCAGGCGACGUUCACUUGCCGUUCAACACCCGCUUCCUCGGCGAUGCACAGACGUCUUCUGGCUCUACGCACCGGGGGGGGGAGCAGCUCAUUUGAAAGAUGUCUCGUUCGGGUUUGAGCUGCCCGGGCUGCGGCUCCUCGAACAUCGUAGACGAUGACCUGUACUGUCAGGCCCAGCUGGUGUGCGUGGACUGCGGUUCCGUGGUGUCCGAAGGAGCGCUGACCAAUGAAAGCGUGUACGUCGGCGCCUCAGAUGUCAGCUACAGCCGAACCACAGCAGGGGACAAAAAGCCAUGUAUGAAUCUCCUAAAAGGUCGUCACCACGUGAUCGCCAUGUGUCGGAUCCUCCGGGUCAACCGCGAGAUCGAGGACCUCUCGCAGACCUUUUACAGCCGGGCUUAUCAGCACAAAAGCUUCAUAAGAGUAACCCUCCGGAAGAAGGAAUUUCUGGCUGGUUGCUGUGUGCUCGUAAGCUGCAGAAUGCGCCAAUGGCCCGUAACCAUAGGAACCAUCAGCUGCUUGCUGGAUGCCGACCUGGUGGAGGUGGGAGCGGUUUACAAAGAGAUGGUCACGGUUCUGAACAUCGAGGCUCCGAGCUUCAACAUUUACGACGUGAUCGAGGCCCACAGUCAGGAGUACAAAAUUUCCCUUCAUGUUGCUGAAGAAUUGGCCGAGAACCAUAAGGACUUGACCAAACGCGCCGUGGAGCUGGUGGAGCUGGCGGCGGAUACUUGGGUCGUGACGGGCCGCCAACCCGUCCCCGUCAUCAUGGCAGCCAUCUACCUGUCGUGGCAGUCCCUGAAGCCCAACAGGCACCGGCUGAAGUUAUCUCUGGACAAAUUCUGUCAGCUGGCCAAAGUGAAAAAGCAGAAGCCGGCCGCGAUCCGGGUAACGGAGAUGAAGGAGGUGCUGUGUAAGCUGGGUAAGGAGAUUCCCUGGCUCGGGGAGACGCUGACUCCCGACAACGUCGUUUGCCAGGUGGAGGACAUCCUGAAGCACAGGUACGCGCUGCUGAGGAGGGCUCUGAGAGCCCGAGAGGAAGCCCUGCUGCCGGAGAGUCUGGCCAGCUGCGAGGCCUCUCCCCCUCGAGCCCCCGAAGUUUCGGAUCCCAAUCCUGCGGAAUCCCCCGUGGAACGCCGCAAGCGGAGCGCCGAGGGGACACUGGCACCGGGGGACGAAGCCGGCCAGCCGCGCGUGGCGGGCGAGCUGGCCGGCGAGCUGGCCGGCGGCGCUCUGGAGAGCCCAGAUAAGGGGUCGAACUGGGGGGCCAGAGCGCUGUUUGCGCCCCCGUGCGUGGUCCACGCUAAGAGGAGGAGAGUGGAGCAGCCCGAGCUCCGGGAUGUGACGGGAGACGAGGAGAUCUCCGACAGCGAGAUCGACUCGUACAUUCGCACGCCUCGAGAAGCUCGGGAGUUCGCUCAGAUGCAGAACAUGUUUCUUGAGUGACGCGCCACUGGCUGCUGUGCGUCGAGGCCGGACUAUUUGAAUAAAGACGCGGCGGUUUUGUUUGAGUUAAGAAAGGCUACAACCUUUUUUGUAAGUUGCUGUGUGCUGUAACAUGUUGUGCGUUUGGGGUUUUUGGUGCUUACACUUGGUUUUGGAUCAGUGAAAAAUGCCCGGUGAAGAUCUCCACUGAAACUGGGAAAUGCUUUUCUGUUGAGGGAAAUCUAUAUUGGAAAUAAAGGUUAAUGAAUACAAUUA